AUGCACAGAGACCUUGUCCCGGAAUGCGAACAAGGCCCGGUUCCGGCUGCCGAUGACCCUGUGAGAUUCACGCAGAAGGCCACCACCGCUCACAUGGUGAAGGUGCGCUGGACUGCAGAGAAUGGCUGGGAAAAUGCGGAGAUGGUGCCUUAUGGCAAGAUUUCACUCGAACCUACAGCCAGCGUGUUACACUACGCUACCGAGACCUUUGAAGGGAUGAAAGUGUAUCGCGGUUAUGACAAUAAGCUCCGCCUAUUCCGACCUCAGCUCAACUGCGUCCGCAUGCUAAGGUCCAACGCUAGAGUUGCCCUACCAUCUUUCAGCCCCCAGGGACUUCUUGAUGUCAUCACUAGCUACGUGGCGACCGAGUGUCCUCGCUGGUUGCCAGAGCCCGGCACCAAUAUCUACCUUAGACCAGCCAUGAUUGGAAGCGGAGAGGCAUUGGGAAUCAGUGUCCCAGCAGAGGCACUCUUCUUUCUUUUCGCAGCUUUGUUUCCGCAAGCCUCCAAGGCGCCACACCCUGGUGUCAAACUACUAGCGAGUAGUUCCGACAUUAUCCGUGCUUGGCCUGGAGGCUUUGGCAAUGCCAAGGUGGGUGCUAGCUACGGGCCAGCUAUGGCGGCACAUGGCAGGGCUCGUGAGGAGGGAUGUGGCCAGACUCUGUGGCUCUUUGGGCCUGAGAAGUACGUGACAGAGGCGGGUGCAAGCAACUUCUUUGUCAUCUGGAAACGAAAGGACACACAACAGCUGGAACUGGUUACAAGCUCGCUCGAUACCGGAGUCAUUCUUCCUGGUGUUACCAGGCAGAGUGUCUUGGAAAUUGCUAGGGAGAGAUUGGCAAAGGACACUGCAUCUCAGUGGUCAGACCUCGAGCCGCUGGAGGUUGUUGAGCGGCCUUUGACUAUGGAUGAGAUCGCAGAAGCUCAUACUGAUGGCCGUCUUGUCGAAUGCUUUGUCAGUGGAACUGCAAUGUUUAUUACUCCCGUUUCAUGCAUCCGGUAUGAUGAUACAGAUGUGUCCUUCCCCAUGACGGUAACGAGUGCCGGAACAAAGACUCCUUUGUGCCAAUAUUCAGCAAAGAUCAAGUCUUGGCUGGAAGACAUCAUUUAUGGGCGCGUUGAACAUGAGUGGGGUCAUGUCAUCGAGGAGUGA